AUGUCGUACGGCGCGCCACAACAACACUACCCAGCACCUCCUCCAGCGUAUGAAGAAGAGGCUCGUCAGCCCUUGUUCGGCAAUGCAAGCGAUGAAGAUGACAUGUACAAGGAAACUGUAGCCAACAGCCCUGUCGAAGUCAGAAUGCAAUUUGUACGCAAGGUGUAUUCUAUCUUAUCCACCCAAAUCCUCAGUACCGUAGUCCUAUCGGCUGUAUACAUGUACAAUGCUGGUGUCCGUUCGUGGGUGCAAUCCAAUGCUUGGAUGAUGUUUGGAUCCAUGAUUGGCUCGUUGAUUGUUCUCUUUGCCUUGAUGUGGAAGGCUCGAUCGACUCCUUUGAAUUACGGUCUAUUGGCAUUAUUCACGCUCUUGGAAGGUCAUCUUGUUGGCACAAUUGUCACCUUUUAUGAACAAACCCUGGUUCUUCAAGCACUGAUCAUUACUUUUGGUGUCUUUGUGGGUCUGACCCUCUUCACCUUGCAGUCCAAAUGGGAUUUCUCGGGAAUGGGACCAUUCCUUUUUGCUGGUAUCAGCAUCCUUUUCCUCGUGUCGAUCGUACAAAUCUUUUUCCCAUUCUCUGAAGGUGUCCAACUCGCACUCGCUGUUGCUGGUGUCAUUAUUUUCUCGGGCUAUAUUGUCUUUGAUACCUUUUUGAUCUUCAAUCGCUACUCACCAGAGGAUUACAUCAUGGCUUCGGUCAGCCUUUACAUGGAUAUCAUCAACCUCUUCCUCCGUAUCUUGCAGAUCUUGGAUGCCAUGAACAGAAAUUAG